AUGUCAGCACCUGCGGAAACCUUAAGCGCGGCGGCCGCACAGCCGCCGGUCAACCACUCCGCUGCCGGAGUUCCGGGCUCCAGCACGGCGUCACCUCCGAGCCAGGCGGCGGCGUCCAAGGCUACUUCCAGCCCGCCGCUCUCGUCACCCUCCUUCGGCCCGUCAAACCCAGGACCCCAGCCGUCUCUCUCUGCCUCGGCCUCCGCGUCCGCAUCCCGGAGCACCACCGCUCCACCUACAGCCACAGCCACCACCAUCACCACCCAAGCCAGCCCAGGCCCGUCCACCGCCAGCGCCGCCGUGGCCACCACCCCUACAACCACAACAACCACCACCACCAGCACCAACCUCCUAAACCCAACCCUCCCCUCCCAAUCCACCCAACUCCACAUAGCCGAAGCCCGCGCCGCCCUAGUAGCCUCCGUGUCCAACAUGCUAGACAGCGAGCUACAAUCGCGCGCGGGGCUGCUACACUCCAACGCCGUGGCGCUCACGAAACAAGAAAAGGACGUGGCGCGCGCGACCGAGGGCCUGCGCCGCGAGAACGACAAGCUCGCCGCCGUGGCGCGCGAUGCCGGGCGCCGCAUCAAGGAGCUUGGUAAUGUGCAGAACUGGGCUGAGGUUUUGGAGCGGGAUUUUUUGGUGCUUGAGGAGACGGUUAGGUUGGUUAGGCGUGGGAGUUGUAGUGGGAGUGAGUGUAGUGGGAGUUUGAGUGGGAGUGGGAGUGGGGGUAGUGGGAGUUGGUCGGGGAGUGAGAGUGGUGGGAGUAGGGAGGGGAGUCGGAGGGGGAGUGUGGGUGGUGGUGGUAAUAGGCGGGAGCAGGAGAGAGCUAGGAACGGAUCCCGGAGGGAUGGAGAUGGGGACGUCGCCAUGGACGGGACGGACGAGCCGCCGGCUUCGGAUCAACGCAACAACGGUAGGGCCCUGGUCGAUGAAGCGGCUCUUGCGAGCCUGACUGAGGCUAUGGCGACGGACAUGCACAACACGGCCCCAGUCUCAGUUCCAGGUCAGCAGUCGAUACCGGACUCGCAAGAGGCGUCGUCGUUGGACAAUGGCAAGGGGCCGCUCCUCGAUGAGAUGGAGGUUGAUGUGCCAGGGACUGGGACUGGAUCCAGCGAGCCUUCGGAGGAGACCGUGAGACCACCCGCUUCCUCCGCUGGCGCAUCGGAAACGGGUGCGUUUAGACAACAGGAAACGGCCGGAGCUGUAGGUUAG